AUGGCCGUCACAGAGCUCGCACUCCUCCAAUUCAAGGAGCUCCCGAACGAGGAGACCAAGGAGCUCCUCGACUACUGCCAGACGGUCCAGGACACCUGGGUUCUCCGCCAGAAGCCCGGUCUGCCGCCGAAGCGUGUGGAACGCGGCACCGCCAUCCUCCAGCAGGUCGAGGACCCGAGCGUACUGCUGCUGGCCGCACAAUGGGAUUCUCCUGAGGCGCACCACGAGUGGAUCGUCUCGCCAGAAAACCAAAACGUCAUGGGCAAGCUGACGCCGCUCAUCCACCGCGAGGGUCCGCGGGCAGUGCUAUUCUUCCACAUCGAUACGCCCAUAUUCGUCCCGGGGCAGAGCACGCCGGCAGCAACGGCGGAUAGCGAAGCAAAGACGGGGGGUGAUGAAGCGGCUGCUGCCGCUGAGUCGGCAGAAGCGGAAUCGAAGGACAAGGAGCCGGAAGCGCCGGCAGCUGCAGAAAACAAGGCAGAGGGCAAGAAGAAGGCCGAAGACGAGCCGCCUAACUUGUUGACGGCGCCGGUGGUCAGCGUUGGGCGCUUCGGCGUGCGGCCUGAGCGCAAGGAGGAGUUCGUCAAGAAGUACGCCGAAGCGAAGUGGGUGGUUGAGGAUGCCUCGAAGCCGUACCCCGUGCGCGGCGGUUGGCGAAUCGAGCGGGCUGUGGACGGCACAGAGGAGUUCGUCAUGUACUGCGGCUGGUCAUCGGUCGAGCAACAUAAGGCAAUCGCGCAGCACGAAGGGUUCAAGGAGUGGGCAGGCAUCCAGGAGUUUGUGACGGGGACGGACAUCUGGCACUACAAGAGGAUCAUGUAG